CAAUGAAACUAUUAGGGCUACAAAAUAAUUGAUGGAAAUAAUCUACAAACAAAAAAGUGUUAUAAAUAUUUGACUCAUUAAAGUAGCCUCCGGGCAAAUAUGAGAGCUGAACGCACUUCAGAUCAAUCAAAUAUUCUUCAGCAAAUUCCUCCCAACUCUGUUGUGGAGGUUCUCACAACCGUGUGGCUGUUUAUUGGACAUGAGUUACAUUAGACUUUUAAUUAAAACUAACAAAUGUACUGCACAUAUAAAUACCGGUAGGGGGAAAACGGGCGCACAGUUGAGUUUUGGUGAAUCCCGCGGAUUUUUUUUUUUUUUUUAAUUUAACUUCAUCACUUAUUUUACUUUACCAUUUCAAGCUAUUCAUUAGACUUGGACUAUAAUUGUUGUCCAAUUAUAAAACUUUCGAAAGUUUAGCUAAUAAGUCGUCAACGUUAAGUGGGUUUGAGUGUAUUUCUACAGGAAAUAGAUAUACAUAGUCAUAGAAUGACGUGAAAACAAAAAAAGGAAGGAAAUAAUACUUUUUUUUUCCAAAACGGUCGCAUUUGACACGAAAAAAUAUUCCGUUUAUUUUACUGUAUUUUUCGGUCAUUUUUUAUGUCGAAUCUGCUUUCAUUGUUUGUAGCCUUCCGUGACUUGAACGUGUCAACAAAACCACGUGACCAGCAGUGCGGAAAUACCGCACUCUUGUUGUCAGACGAGAAGAAUGAGAAGGAGCCAUCACAUGUCCGCCUCUUGAGCUUCAAACAUGGCUCGCUCGGAGAUCCGCGUCUGUUUCUUCGUCGCUUUGGUGUUUCUUCACGUCGUCAGCGCACUGAAGAAUCAAACGUGGCCGGUGCCGUACAGACGCUUCGACCACCGUCCGGAAGCGGACCCUUACUGCCAAGCGCUUUACCCGUUCUGUCCCACCGGAGACCGCGACGGCCGCAUCCCCGACAUGAGGGACGCCGACGUCGUCGGGGUGUAUCGGCUGCAGACGCCCGUCUGGGAAUUCAAGUACGGGGACGUCCUGGGAAAACUCCACAUCAUGCACGACGCCGUCGGCUUCAGGGACGUCCAGACGGGGGCCAACUACACUCUGGAGUGGUACGAACUCUUCCAGCUGGGAAACUGCACCUUCCCGCACGUCAGAGACGACGUCUACGCCCCCUUCUGGUGCAACCAGGGGGCCGCGUGCUUCUUUGACGGCAUCGACGAUUUCCACUGGGCGCAGAACGGAACCUUGGAGAAAAUAGCAGAAAUCAGCGGCGAUCAGUUUAACGAUUUUGCCCGGUGGGUGCGCGACGACAACACGACGGGCAUCUACUACGAGACGUGGACGGUGCUGUCCCACCCGGGUCCCGACGCCGCCGUCUGGUUCGAGUCGUACGACUGCUCGCAGUUCGUGCACCGCGCUCACCGCAAGCUGAGCGCGCUGGGCGCCAAACUUUCCAGCCGCUCCCAGACCAACUACACCAAGAUCUACCUGUACAGCGGAGAACCCGCCUACCUGGGCAACGACAGCGCCAUCUUCGGCCAGCCGGCGCUCAAGAACCUGGCGAAGGACAUCCGGGAUUUUUACAAGGUCUUCCGACCCCACCGGUCCGUGGCGGAGUUCGCCUUGAGCCUGCUGCGGGCCUACGAGAAGGUGGUGUUGGACAAAAACUUCUACUUGUACUACAACUUUGAGUACUGGAAGCUGCCCAUGAAGCCUCCGUAUGUGCGCAUCCGAUACGAGGAGGUGCCUUUGCCUUAGAACCCACAACUCGAAAACCAUCUCAGUGAUUGUGCGGAAUCAGACUGCAGCAGAUUUUUCUGUUCUCGUACAAGUUUUCAACGUAUCUCAGUUCGCUGAGUAUGACACUGAAUAGCCAGGGGCGGUUAACAAAAAUGAGCGAAAAAAGUGAGUUACGAGCAGGAGCAAGUUGCACCUUAUGAAAACGAGAACUUACCGUAAUUUCCGGACUAUAGAGCGCACCCGAUUAUAAGCCUCACCCAGCACAUUUUUAAAGGAAAAACCAUUGUGUACAUACACAAGCCGCACCUGAUUAAAAGCCACACGUGCCCACAUUGAAACACGAGCAUAUUUACAAAGACGGUACACAGAAAGAGUUUUCAAAGUUUUCAUAAUAUACCUUAGCUUCUAUUUCCAAACCGUGCCUGUAACACAGCAGCAACGGGCUAGCACAGCGCUAACAGGCCUGGUUAAAAAAAAGCAACAACAUACCGGUAAAAGACACUGGGACACGGCAUUAACUCAGCAGCAACAUGCUAGCACAGCGCUAAGGCAAGCAUAGUGCUAACAGGGCCAGUUAAGAAAAAACAUAACGGUAAAAGUCACUGAGAUGCAGCAAUGACAUAGCAGCAACACGCUAGCACAGUGCUAACGCUAGCAUAGCUUUAACAGGGCCAGUUAAGAAAAAACAUACUGGUAAAAAUCACUGAGACGCAGCAGUAACACACCAGCACAGCGCUAACAGGGCCAGUU